AUUCCAGAAGUGGGAUUUGAAAAUAAUCACGUGUAAAAUUCUUAACAACCUGUUGCCCAAAGCUAAACUUGAAUGUGAAAAUAUCCCAAUGGUCAGCAGGAGGACAUUUCUUUACCCACAUAACUUCAGUCCAAAUAGAUUACUUCUGUCUAUUUAUACCCUCCCCCUGAGUCUUUUUUUGGACAUUGUUUCUCUGUGAACUCUUUUAUUACACUGUGAACAGACUCAUAACACACCAUGCUCUCUUCUGUCAUCACUGGGUUAGUCAGGCUAAUUUUUGCUCUGUGCUGUACAGAUACAGUGUCUUAAAUGUUGAGCCAAUUUUUUUUUGUGCUGUUUAUUUGAGAACACGCAAUGUGCAUACUCAGCACAACGGAGCAUAACAUGGGAUAUGCCUUUGGGAGCUGAGGUAUCAACACUUAUUUCUGAGGUCAAGAUGAGGUAGCCUUCCAGAGAAAUGGGAGGGGCCUCGAAUCCUGCCUUCUCAUCAAAGCCCUGUGACGAAGAAUGGCCACCAGACGUGCUCAUUUAGAGGAUGACCUUUCCUGUCCAAUUUGUGGACAUAUUCUCAGUCAGCCAGUGGUGCUCAAUUGCAGACACAGAUUCUGUAAAGCCUGUCUAAAAGACAGCUGGGAUACACAAGGCAGUGAGGAUUCACACUACUGUCCUCUGUGCUGGCGCCGUGCCUCCAUGGAUCAAAUCGUGGUGAGCUCUGUGCUGGAGAAGUCCUGUGAAUCCUUCAAGCAGGACAGAAGUAAGAAUGACCCAGAGGCUUGUAAAGAGCAUGGAGAAAAGCUCACAUUAUUCUGUCUGGAGGACUUGGAGCCAAUCUGUGGUAUAUGUGGGAAAGCAGCUGCACACACUGGGCACAGGCUCUAUCCCAUUGGGGAAGGUGCUCAUGACUGUAAGGAGGAACUGAAGAGUGCGCUGUUGCCUUUGAAAGAGAAGUUGCAGGUCUACAAGAAGGCGAAAAUGGCCUGUGAGGAAAUGGCAGAACAUGUCAAGAACCAGGCUGAACAUACCGAAACACAGAUCAAAGCGGAAUUUGAAGCCCUUCAUAAUUUCCUAAAGGAGCAGGAGGCUGCCAGACUUUCAGCUUUAAAUGCUGAGAAGGAUCAGAAGAAUCUAAUGGUUAACCAGAGGUUUGAGGAGAUGAGCAGUGAAAUGACAUCUCUCUCCAACACCAUCAGAUUAGUGGAACAGGAGAUGAAAUCUCAAGAUAUCCCAUUUCUUAAGAAUUACAAGGAAACAAUAAGAAGAACUUGGCAACCUUCUCUUGAACCACAAAUGAUUGCUGGUGCUCUGAUUGAUGUGGCCAAGCACUUGGGCUCUCUGAAAUAUAAAGUGUGGGAGAAGAUGAAGAGUAUAGUUAAAUAUAAUCCUGUGAUACUGGAUCCAAACACCGCAGCUAACUGCUUCAUCCUCUCAGAGGAUCUCACAGUUGUGCAGAACUCCACCCAGAUUUUCAAGCUGCCAGACAACCCAGAACGCUUUGACAUCAGUGCUGAGAUGCUGGCUGCUGAGAGCUAUACCUCUGGACGCCACAGCUGGGAUGUGGAGGUAAAGGACAACACCUACUGGGUGGUGGGAGUAGCCAGCGACUCCAUCAACAGGAAGGGUAAACAUGUUCUGACACCAGCAGAGGGAUUCUGGACUAUAAGGUUUCGCAACGGAGAGCACAAGGCCUGCACUGCACCAUGGGAGCCGCUGAACAUGACUAAGAAGCCAGAAGUGAUAAGAAUAGUUUUAGACAUGGACAGAUGCAAGGUGACAUUUUAUAACCCUGGAGAGAGAACACCUCUCUACACCUUCAAAGAUAUAAUCACACCCAGAGCCUUUCCCUACUUUUGCUCUGCCUGCAAAGAGCAUCCACUGAAAAUCCUACCCACAAGGAUACUCUUGUCAACAGACAACUAAUUCACAUUGGAGUGAGACAUAUUGCCAACCAUUGUUUGUAUAAAAAUCAUCCUAUGAUGCUUGUGAAGGUUAUUUUCUUAAUUAAUGACAUGAAACAAACAGAUUUUAAAAUAUUUAAUUUGAGUUACAACAGAAACUGUAGUCUGGAAGACUGGAAAUUGUAAAUAGCCUUAAUACCCAUAUAUUACACUGAUAAGAUGUGUUACAUAAAAUGAGUCACCUGUGUGACUCAGCUUUGCAUGACACAAAAUCACUACUGUGAUAUUCACAAUCUUUUGAGCUCCUUUCCAAGAAAAGCACUACAAAUUGAAACACUAUCUGAUGUUUCAUAAAAGGCACAUACAGUUACCAACUUUUUGUGUAAUUGCAAACCUGUGCAAGUGUUGUUCAGAGGCUCAAAUAUGACAAGUGAGAUUAGUUUUCCAUUGCAUUAAAAAAAAAAAAAAAAAAAAAAAAAACUAUGGUUAGUGUUUUUAGUAAUCAUGUUGAAGUGUGUUCUUUCAGGCUCAUCCUAACACACACCAGUAACUUCAUAGCUUCACACUCAAGUAUUGCUUAAACCUAAAAAAAUAUUCUUGCAGCAUUUUUCAUUAAGUGGAAUCUACUCUGUAACAGAAUUUGUCUUGAUCCUGACCACAUUAUUGUAACAUGUAUUCAUUUCAAAUGGGUUGUGGGAGAUUCCCACUCUGUGUGCGGUGAUGCUCAAAGGCUUUUUGAGGUGUUCAUUUAAUAAUUAAAAACAAGUUAUUAAAGGGUAAAAAAAAAUGCCCUCACAUUA